AGUUUAUGGCUUCAUUUAAGACCCACUCGUCUCCCUCGGGGGUUCUCCUGCAUCAUUGCUACAGUAAUUUACCAUCCACCAAAGUCGGACGACAGAUCAUUUCGGGAGCACCUGUUUCAAUCCCUUACUCUAAUGGAAUCAAAAUAUCCCAACUGUGGUAUCCUGGUAACCGGCGAUUUCAAUCGUUUGGAUAUCGGUUGCCUGUUGAAGCACUUUCGCCUCAAACAAAUCGUGAAAGAGCAUACCCGGAAGGACGCUACCCUUGAUCUUAUACUGACAAAUAUGCAUGAUCACUACUCCCCCCCACAACCUUUCGCGCCACUUGGGUUGUCCGAUCAUAAUGUCGUGGUGGCGACUCCACUGCACGGGAAACGCAUCAACAACACCAAGAAAACCAUUACCAAGCGAGACCUACGGGCCAGCUCU